UUGAUUCUUGUUUUGAUUUCCUGUUUAACGAAGAGAAAACAAUGCAAGCACAGCAUUACAAAGAGACAGUUUGCAGAUUGUGUUUUGAUACUAUAAGCGUUACAAAUUGCAAAGUAAUUGAAGGAGACCUAAGGGAAACACUAGAAGUUGUUUUUCCCAACCUGAAGUUUGAGAAGAGAGAUCAAGAUUUUAUGUGUCAAACGUGUGUAAAGAACUGCCUUGAUGCACAGGAAAAAUAUAAGACCAUUGAUAAACAGUCUUGCAUUAAAACUGAAGAGAUUGCUAUUAAACUGGAAGAAUAUGGUCUAGACGAGCAGGAUAAAUAUAAAAAUGUUGAUAAGCCGUCUUAUAUUAAACCUGAUGAUAUUAAAAUAAAACUGGAAGAUGAACAGCAUAUACACGAGAAAUAUAAAGAAAUUGAUAAGCCGUCUUAUAUCAAACCUGAAGAAGUUGAAGUAAAAUUGGAAGAACAUGAUGCUCAGGAGAAGUGUAAAAGUGUUGAUGAACAGUCUAUUAAGUCCCAAGAGAUUGAAAUAAAAGUAGAGGAAGAUGACCAGGAUAGUGAUUUCAAUUCGUACAACUUACAUUAUGGAAUAACUGAAAAUGAAAACGAGUACACUUGUGAAAAUGUAGAAGAAAUAAAAAAUGAAUAUACUUAUAAAUAUGAGACAGAAGAAGUUCAAAUAAACAAGUGUAAAACCUUGUUAGAUGAACCAUCAUAUAACAGUGGGUACAAAAGAAAGCUGACAGGAAGUUUAACACACAAAAUUUCUCCAAAACUCGAGAAGUACGAUGAUGGGACUAAUUAUAAGAACAGUUCCAUGUGCCAUGAUCUUAAAGAUGCCUCUAAAUUGCAAAUGUACAAAUGCAUUACAUGUGCAUAUGAAACAAAACAUAGGGGCCAUCUGAGAAUGCAUCAAUUAACACACAAAGACCCAUCAGAAAUUCAAAUGUACAAGUGUGACAUAUGUGGUCAUGAAACUAAGUAUAAAGGCCACCUGAAAGAGCAUCAGUUAUUACACAAAGACCCUUCGGAAAUCCAGAUCUACAAGUGUGAUAUGUGUACUUAUGAAGCUAAACGAAAGGGUCAUCUGAAAGCACAUCAAUUAACACACAAGAACCCUUCGGAUAUUCAAAUGUAUGAAUGCGAUACGUGUAGUUAUGAAACUAGACAAAAGAGUAAUCUUAAAAUGCAUCAAUUAACACACAAAAAUAUUUCAGAAAUCCAAACGUACAAAUGUAAUAUGUGCAGUUUCGAAAGUAAACGUAAGGGUUACCUGAAAGAGCACGAGUUGUCGCACAAAGACCCCUCGGAAGUUCAGAUGUAUCAGUGUGAUACAUGUGCGUUUCAAACUAAGUAUAAAAACUGCUUAAAGAGGCAUCAGUUACAGCACAAAGACCCUUCAGAAAUCCAAAUGUACAAGUGUGAUAAGUGUACAUAUGAAUGCAAAUAUGUGAUGGGCCUAAAAAUGCAUCAGUUAUUGCACAAAGAGCUUUCGGAGAUCGAAAUGUACAAAUGUGAUAGGUGUAAUUAUGAAACCAAUAUUAAAUGCAGGUUAAAAACACAUGAAUUAAUACACAAAGAUUCGUCAGAAAUACAAAUGUACAAAUGCGAUACUUGUGCUUAUGAAUCUAAGCACAAGAGUCACCUGAAAAGGCAUCAGUUAAAGCACAAAGAACCUUCGAAAAUCCAAAUGUACAAGUGUGACACUUGUACAUACGAAACUAAAUUUAAAAGUUAUCUAAAAGUGCAUCAGUUAUCACACAAGGACCCUUUGGAGAUUAAAAUGUAUAAGUGUGAUGCUUGUACUUUUGAAACUAAAUAUAAGAAUAAUUUGAGAAGCCAUCGAUCGAUACAUGAGAAUCCAUCCACAGAACCAAAGAAGGAAUCUGAUCAACGUGACUGUGACACAUUUAAUCAACGCUACGCUAUAUGUCCGGUAAGACAUAAACGUUCUAACAAUCAAAUAUUCAAAUGUAAUGAAUGUGCUUUUGAGACCGCACAUAAGCAGAAUUUAAUAGUUCACGUGUUAAAACACCGAGAUUCCUCGAGAGUACAGAUGUACAAGUGCGAUAAAUGUGUUUUUCAAACAAGGUAUAAACGCGGUCUAACUAGACAUCAUUUGACACACGAAAACCAUUUGGAAGUGGAAGUAUGCAAGCAAAAAUAG